AUGGGUUUCAGGAUUCUACAUCUUGUUCAGCCAUUCAUGGCUAUUCUUCCAGAAAUUGCUUCCCCUGAUCGCAAGGUUCCUUUCAACCAAAAGGUAAUGUGGACAGCAGUUACAUUGUUCAUUUUCUUGGUCAUGUCGCAAGUCCCUCUUUACGGUAUCAUGUCCUCUGAUUCUGCAGAUCCUCUGUUUUGGAUGAGAGUUAUUCUUGCUUCUAAUCGUGGUACUCUUAUGGAAUUGGGUAUCACUCCCAUCAUUACGUCAGGCAUGAUCAUGCAACUUUUAUCUGGUGCCAACAUCAUUGAAGUCGAUUACAGUUUAAAGGAAGACAGAGCAUUAUUCAGUGGUGCUCAAAAAUUGUUUGCUAUGCUCAUUGCUUUUGGCCAUGCUACUGUUUCCGUUUUGACUGGUCUCUACGGUAAUCCUAGUGACAUUGGAGCUGGUGUUUGUUUGAUUUUGAUUAUUCAGCUUGUCGUUGCUUCAUUUAUUACCUUGUUGUUGGAUGAAUUAUUACAAAAGGGCUAUGGUCUUGGUUCUGGCAUCAACCUUUUCAUUGCCACCAACAUUUGUGAAACUAUCUUCUGGAAGGCACUCUCUCCUACUACCAUGGACAGUGGUCGUGGUGAUGAAUUUGAAGGUGCCCUUAUUGCAUUGGUACAUCUCUUGUUGACUCGUAAGGAUAAGACUCGUGCCUUGAAGGAGGCCUUCUAUCGUACCAACAUGCCCAACGUCAUGAGCCUGUUGUCUACUGCUUCCAUCUUUUUGCUUGUCAUUUACCUCCAAGGUUUCCGUGUCGAAUUGCCUGUCAAGUCUAACCGUCUUCGUGGUCAACGUGGUUCUUACCCUGUCAAGCUCUUUUAUACCUCCAACAUGCCCAUUAUGCUCCAAUCUACCUUGACUUCCAACGUCUUUAUGAUCUCUCAAAUGCUCUACAAGCGUUUCACUGAUAAUUUCUUGGUCCGUCUUUUGGGUACAUGGGAAGCCUUGGAAGGCACCUCUCAAUUGAACGCUGUUGGUGGUCUUGCAUACUAUCUUUCUGCCCCUCGCAGUUUGACCGCCGCUCUCUUGGAUCCCAUCCAUUUCGUCGUUUAUGCUGGUUUGAUGCUCUCUACUUGCGCUCUUCUUUCCAAAACUUGGAUUGAAAUCUCUGGAUCUUCUCCCCGUGAUGUUGCUCGUCAGCUCAAGGAUCAACAGCUCGUCAUUGCCGGCUAUCGUGAUACAUCCAUGUAUAAGGAAUUGAAGCGCGUGAUUCCCGUAAGUGCCUCGUUUGGUGGCGCUUGCUUAGGUGCUGUCAGUAUUCUUAGUGACCUGAUGGGAGCCAUUGGAAGUGGAACUGGUAUCUUACUUUGCGUUACCAUCAUCUAUCAAUACUUUGAGAUGUUUGCAAAGGAACAGAUGGAAGCUGGUGGAGGUUUAAAUGAGAUGAUCGGCGGUAUGUAA